AUGUGGGCCUCCACGGGCCGCCCCGUCAUUCUCCACGACGUGGACUCCAGCGUGCUUUCCUCUGCGAUGCCCUACGUCGGGGAUGCGCUUACCACAGUUUGUGCUGUCCGUGAGACGCAUCCGGGUCGGGUCACGACUAGCACUGUUUUGGAAGAAUCGUGUAGCGGCAAUCCCUGGAUGGUCAUUGAGGCUCUCCCCGAGGAUCCGGAGAUCAAGCGCGAGAUGCUGGGCAAAGUCGAUGCACUAGUUCCCGAAGACUGCAUCCUAGCUUCCAACAGCUCGACGUGGCCGACAUCAGCUCUUAGGCAUCCGAUUACCAGGCCGGAGCGCCUGCUGAACACGCACUAUCAUCUACCGCCACGAAACACAUACGUCGAGCUCAUGACUUGCGGCGUCACAGACCAAGACCUCAUGCCCUUCCUGAAAAAGCAGAUGAAGAGCGUAGGCUUCAAUCCCUUAGCCCUCCCACAUGAAUCAGUCGGCUUCGUCUUCAACCGGAUAUGGUCCGCUGUCAAGUCAGACACGCUACGCAUCCUGCAGACGGAACUCGCUUCGCCCCGGGAUAUUGACGCUCUCUUCAGAGACUUCUUCCACGCUGAGAAAGGGCCUUGCGAGAAGAUGGAUGAAGUUGGGCUGGACACUGUGUGGCAGGUUGAAAGGAACAGGGUGAACAUGGGGGUCGUGGAUGCGAAGAAGGCUGGGUACACGGACUGGCUGGAGGAGAAUUACGUUUCUAGAGGCAGGCUUGGGGAGAAGACGGGAGAUGGGCUGUACUCGGCCGAGGAGAGGAAGAUCUUGCGUGAGAAGAGGGCUCAGGCAAAGAGCUCGUAUUUAAAGUUGCGCCGAUGA